AUGAGCAUGGGAGCUACUGUUUCAAAGGAGUCCACUGUAGACCUAACACUGCCGCUGUUGCAGCUGAGUCCAAGACUGUUGUUCCUGCCUGGAGUUGUCUACAAGACGACUUUCAAGUUCCAGGAGGGGGUCAACAUCUUGCUACGUUUUAGAGACCUGUUCGAUGAGUCUUUUUCUGAAAGAAAUGACGUUCUAGGUGAUAUUGCCCGCUCGCAGAAGGAACAACAGGAAAACGAUUAUGACCAUAUCCCUUUUUUGAGCAGCAAUGCUAAGAAGAGCAUAGGUGUCCUGAAAGACCAACUUGAACUUGGUGGGUCUGAUGACAAGUCACUUCCCUGGGUUAUUGCCUGUCUCCCUGGGUUCGACCAGUCAGACCAGGACUCCAUUGCCACUACAAUUUGUCAGAUAACUGAGGUGUCCGUCGUUAACCAGGAUAUUGUACUAUCCUUCGAAGCAUUAACCAGAGGAUCUUUAAAAUCCAAAAAGACCAUCUCCAUGAAUGAAUCAACCAUAUCUGUGGAAGUGGAUAUACCAUUUACUGAGGUUGACCAGACCAUCAGUAACAAGCUCAUCUUGACAAAUAUUGAUAAGGGUCUGCAACUACUGGAGAAUAUCAAACAGUUUCUAGUCACCUAUCAAAAUGACAUGAUGAACCUUGAAGAUACUACCAUGGAAAAGAACUCCCGUCUAAAGUCUGCAAUGAUGAUUUUGGCUCCGUUGUCUCACUUGAUCUACGCCACUGUCUCAUCUCAAGAAUCCACUCAUGCUUAUACUAGACUAUCCAACCAGUACAAGUCCGCUAAGAAGGAAUUAGAUUCAACCAAAAACAGAAAGUCUUUACUCAAGAAGAUUUUGAAAACUAAUGAUAUUCUCACUUCAGUGUUCCCCUUCAGUAUGGUUCAAAAGGUGGAUGUCUUGGGAGCUAUUUCAAGUUCUACAGACAGGAUCCAAACAACUAUCGACGCGUUGGACUUUGCCAAUCCACUUUUCGAAACAUAUUUGAACGUUGAUUAUGUUCUGGAGACAUGGAAAGAUUUUGACACUAAGAACGGCAAAAUUGCUGCCAAUUUGACCAGGUCUCAAUUAGUAUCUAACCACUUGAAGGGCCUCAGAGUACUGAUUGAAGACAUCCAAGGAACUUCAAGAAGGCGGGUCAGUCCUUCUCAGAGAACUCGUUUGGCGCCUUCGCCCAAUACAAAUUCUGCAAAUCAGGCACCGAAAGCUGGAGAAUCAGACGACGAAAAUAAAGAAUUGCGUGAUUUUAUCAACAACCUCUCCAAAUUGAAGAUCUCAGAGGAUGGAAAGAGGCUCGUUACCAAAGAUUUCAACAGAAUGACUCAAAUGCAACCAAGUUCAUCGGAGUACCAACUGCUCAGAACUUAUUUAGAGAUUAUUAUGGAUAUCCCAUGGGAAACAAAAAAUAUUGUAAAACAACAAAUUUUUGAUCUAGACAAGGCCAAAGAAACACUAGAUCAGGACCAUUACGGAAUGGACUCCGUCAAAGAUAGGAUCUUAGAGUAUUUAGCAGUUCUUAAACUCCACGAUCACAUUAAAACGUCCAACCCCAAGCAAGAAGACGAGGAAAUCAAAGCCAGAGCACCCAUUCUCUUACUAACAGGUCCACCUGGUGUUGGUAAAACUUCGUUAGGAAAAUCUAUUGCAAAGGCUCUGAACAAAAAGUUCCAGCGAGUAAGUCUUGGAGGAUUGAAGGAUGAGUCCGAAAUUAAGGGACAUCGCAGAACUUACGUUGGAGCAAUGCCAGGACUAUUGACCCAAGCACUGAGGAAAUCUCAAUCUUUUGAUCCAGUGAUACUUUUGGAUGAAAUUGACAAGGUUGUCGAUGGAUCCCAAGGCCCUGGUAGUCGUGUAAACGGUGAUCCAGCUGCUGCUUUGCUUGAAGUGUUAGACCCAGAGCAAAAUUCUAACUUCUCUGACCAUUAUAUCGGGUUCCCACUUGACUUGUCUCGUGUUGUUUUUAUCUGUACGUCCAACGAUAUGAGCAUGAUCAGUGCCCCAUUAAGGGAUAGAAUGGAGGUUAUUGAACUGAAUGGCUACAAUUAUUUCGAAAAAGUGGAGAUUGUUAAACAAUUCUUAUUACCAAAGCAGAUCAAAAGAAACGGACUGCCUACGAAUGCCGAAUCACCAUCGGUGGUUAUUCCUGACGAAGUGAUUAUGUACAUCGCUGUCAAUUAUACUCGGGAGCCAGGUAUUCGUAAUUUGGAACGGUUAAUAGGGAGUAUCUGUCGGGGUAAGGCUAUUGAAUACUCUAGCUUGAUGAGUAGUACUCAAGCUCCAGGCGAAAUUCCAAAGGGAUACGUUUCCAAGGUCACGGUAGAUAAUCUUUCAAAGUACAUUGGAAUACCCCCGGAAUUGUCUACAGGCAAGAAUAUGAGGAAUGAUUCAGCUAUCUCUAAAAAGUACGGAAUCGUGAACGGCCUCAGUUACAAUAGUAGCGGACAUGGAAGUACCCUAGUCUUUGAAAUGACCGGUAUACCUAAUAGUACUAACACUAACAUGAUUACGACCGGCAGAUUGGGUGAUGUUCUUACAGAAAGUGUCAAGAUCGCAAGAACAAUUAUAAGAUCGAUGUUUAGUCACAACUUACUACAAUUAAAGGAUGACGAAACUUCAACUUCUGGGGAUCUUUUGAAGAGGUUUGACACUACUCAGGUUCACAUGCAUGUGCCCGCUGGUGCUAUUCAAAAAGACGGACCCAGUGCUGGAAUCACCAUUACGCUGUGCCUUCUGUCGGUGAUGCUAGAGAAACCUGUACCAAGGGAUUUGGCCAUGACUGGAGAGAUUACUUUGAGAGGGAUGGUACUGCCAAUUGGAGGUGUUCAUGAGAAGCUACUAGGAGCACAUUUAACUGGAACCGUUAAAAGGGUGAUCCUUCCAAGAAGUAAUCGAAGAGAUGUCAUUCAAGACUUUAUCUCUAACUUGGAAGCCAAUAACAGAAGUUCUAGGGAUAAGCUACUGGUAGAUCUUAUCAAAGAGGAGGAGUCAUUACUGUCCAACUCAAAUAAAUCCGAACGAAUUGGAGUGUUCGGGCUUCCUGAAAAAUGGGUUCAAGAGAAGUUGGGACUUCAAGUGAGCUACGUGGAAGAAUUUUGGGAUGUUAUCCAGAUUGUCUGGAACGAUCAGGUUGAAAUUGACAGCACCAAAUUACACGAGCUAGCUACUAAAGAGUUCGCAAGGCUAUGA